CUUGCGUCGUUAGGUACUUUAGAGACGUCGUCGUUAUCUGAAGGCACUUAAUUUUUGAUGGUCCGAGUUAAACUAAAUAAAACAGGUUCCAUUAAGUUGAACUUUCAACGAACUCAUUUAGAUUACGACUCCAUUUUUCAAUUAAUUUCCGUUGUAUAUUGUGUAAUAAAAAUGAUUGUUAUGGUGUGAUCGGGAGCAAAAGCUCAAAAUCCGCCCGAUAUCUUCUCCGGUCUUUCACCAAAUUAGACGGCUAUAGUUUUCGGAAACGCUCCACGACUGGAGGGAGAAAAAUUGACCAUUGGAACUUUACGAGCGAGACUUAAAAUAUUAUUGAGCUUUUAUCAGAAGUUGUACCUGGGUACAAUGAUCAUAAAACUGAAUUGAUCGUUCUUAUCGGAGUUAUCACUGACCUCUGUCUGUACAAAUUCUAUCCCUUUAGUAAUACUAAAAAGCGACAUUUCGUGGAGAUUGCACUAUUGUCAUAGAGUGGCUGUGCUGUGCGGUUGGAUUUUUGUGUGGGUUUCUUCUGAUUGUCUAAACGAUGACGAUAUAUUUGAGAGAUAUGGAUGGCCUUGGUAUAACCUUGGCGAUAAAGACACUCCAAGCCAUCGCGUUCGUGUGUGAUAUUUUAACAUUUCCAGUGUACGUCCUCUUCCAAAGACCAUGGAGGAACAGGUCCUUGUCGCGGAGAGUUAAGGCUGUAGUGGUGAAAGUGGAGUAUGAUAGCGGAAAAGACGUAAACGUCAAUAUUGAUGGAGACAAACGCGGUGAUAAUUUUUUACUAAAACAGCUGCGAAAUGGCAAGGUAUUAUUUACUUAUAUUCGUUUUGUGAGAUUAUAGUAAGUCGGUAUGGGUUGUAAUUCACAGAAUGGACGCCACUAACAAAAGUGUAAAGCUUAAAUUACACCUGUCAAUUUUGACUGCUAACAUUUACACGUGUGAGUGUUAAGGGCCAAAGGUGUCAUGGUACUAUUCAUACAUUGCCAGGUGUUUUAAGCUUAUUUUAUUUUAUUUUAUCCCUCUCUUGCUUAAAGGUAAGGCGUAAAAUAAUACCAACUUUGCUCUGGUGACCAUUUUUGGUACUAAAAUGCGCUUGUGGUAUGUUGUGACUGGGUUUUGGUUCUUGGAUUACACAUUUGCAAGCUUACGUGAAGAGCAUUAUCUGUGCGUCUAAAAAAAAUGCUCUUCAUGUGAGUAUGCACAAUUUUCGUACACUCUCUUACUAUAUGGCUGUCCUAUUCUCAAUAAUCAAAGUAGUGUGUGGGAAAAAUGUUUGGUAUUUUACUAGCUUUCAAAUACAACAAACCUGUUUGUAAUAUCUCAAAGGUAAAAAACUACUUUGCCGAAGUAUCAUGAGUGAAAUGUUUAUUACUUAUUAAUUAGUGAAUUGGGGCCCACGAGGCGACAGGUGUAAUCCUAAUUCACAAUAAAUUCACGCGAUUUGGCAAUUAAGUAUGGCUCUGGUGUUGACAAACAACUUCAUAAUCUUCACCAUAUUUCCGCAAUACAAAAUUUGCUCUAUUAUUUAACUUAUGUAAGCCAUAAUUAGUAACUUGAAGAAAAUAUUGAGCUAAUUACACAUAAGGAAUUUUUGUUCAAGGUUAAAUUGUUUACAUUGUUUUACUU